GAGGUAAAGUCUCAAUCUUUACUAUUGAUGGGCUUUUGAAUCACUCAUGAUUCUGAGUUUCUCUGGUUGUUUGCUUCUUACGUUAAGUGCCCUUCUCUUGUGGACUUUACUCUGGAUUGCCCUAGUAACUCCUAUGUUCAUUCUAUUUUAUCCCACCAAUUAAAAACAAUAUAAUUUUUAAUAUAUUUUAAUCAGAAACGUGGUGAAAAUCGAAAUUGCCCUUAAUGAAACCAAGUAUUUACAGGAUCCAACCUAAACUAUUUGACUCGACCCACUAUUAGUCGGAUCCUUAACCAGAUCGGCGCGUUCCUUUCUUUUUUCUCUUCCUUUGUCGUCUCUCACUCUCUUCUAAACCUUCUAAACCUGAAAAUUGAAAAAAAAUCCUAGAACCGACGAAAACGAUGAAGCCCACCGCAUUGACUGUUUCCUUCAUUGCUUCUUCUCUGAUUUUCCCUUAGUCCCUCGUGCCCUUCCUUGUUACUCUGAUUUCAUCAUUUCCCCAAACCAGUCCGUAACCCUAGAUUUGACGAAAUCAAUUGAAAAAAUUGAUCGAAUCAACUGCUCCUGCGGCGUAUUCUGUUCUCCCGCUCCUUCUGUCGGCGACGCAAUCGACGGAACCCUAGACUUCAUCUCCCAUCUCCUGUUUUCGUUCUCGUCUCUUCCGUGUAAAAGGUAUUUUCUCUAGGGCAAUUUUUGAUUGAUUUUGUUGUGGGUUUGGGUUUGAAAGUCCGUUUGAAAGUAUUGUGGUUGAAAAUCGGUUAGGUUCAGAUUUUUUUCAGAAUGAGGAUUACAAAGACUGAAACUUGGACACGUUUGGUUUUGAGGUUAUAGAGAUUGAAAGUUUGGUUUCAGAUUUGAGAUAAGUCUAGUAAUUAUUGAAGACUAACUGUUUUGGUGAUAGAGUGUCCUAGACUGUUUGAUAUGUGAAACCGAGUUGAGUGAUUGAUUAAUUGUGAUGUAGUGAUCGAAUUGAUUGGUUGGAGUUUUAUUAUUGAAUGAAUGAUUUAGGGUUUUGAGAUCAGACAGCUAUAAGAAUCAAUGAUUUAUUUUGUAGAUAUUUCAUUGAAUGGGUUUGUUAGCGUUGGUGGUUAUUGAACGUUUGUUGUGUAUGUAUAUAUUCAGGGGAUCAAGAUAUUGAGAGGCUAUAGAUAAUGGCAGGCCGAGGUCGAGGGAGAAAAAAAUCUCAGCAGAAAAAGUCCACAAAAAGAAAUAGUGCUCCUGUAGAAGAGCAGCAUGUAGAAGAACUUUCAACAGAGAAUGAUAGUGAUGAUCUGUCAGCACACGGAAUUGAGUCUGAUAAUCAGGGAACCGAUAAUCAGUCUGCAUCAUCUCAGGUAAAUUAUCUCCAAAUGCUAAUAAACAGACUAGUAAGAAACAAAUGCUAAUGUAAUUUUUAUUUGGUUUACAGGAGUGCCAACCACUGCCACCUGAUGAGCUUUGUUUCAAGAACACCGAGUUCACCCAGACGUGUAAGAUACAGAGCAAGUGUUAUGUGACCGAGACGGUGAAGUUUCUGAAGAAGGCUAGGUUUAAGCCUGAGCUCCAGUGGUUUGAAAACCACCCUCAGUUUUGCCAUUUUUUUCACAUGCCCGAUGAACCAAACUUGAAGCUGCAGGGUAUGUGGAUGCUUCUACUGCGCACUGUUCCUUUACAUGAGUCAGAGGACACAUCUUGGUUUGCUGUUAAUGGAGUGCCCAUUCGGUAUUCAAUGAGAGAGCAUGCUCUCAUCUCGGGAUUGGACUGCCAUGACUACCCGGCUAAGUAUAAGAAGAUUGGAAGCUUUGCGUUUGUAGACAGGCAUUUCAAAUCACAUAAGGAGAUCACUAUGCUAUCUGUGAGAGAGAAGUUGUUGAGUAUGAGUGCGUGUGGGGAUCGACUCAAAAUGGCAGUGCUUUACUUCUUAGGCACGAUUAUCAGAGGGAAGGGAAGGUAUAAUGCCCCGUUCGACCCUUUCAUAUUAAGAAUCGUCAACGAUGUGGAGGUUUGUAAAACCUUUCCUUGGGGUCGGUUGACGUUUGAAGAUGCUCUCCGGUCCAUCACUCGCGUGAUGAAGCAUCUGAAAGGGAAACCUAAGAAUAAUGUCAACUUUCCCGGGUUCAUAAUUCCUUUGGAGAUUCUGGCAUUUGAGUGUAUCCCAGCUCUGAAAGCACGAUUUAGAGAAGGUGUAGAAGGCUGUAUGAGUAAGUGUCCGAGGAUGUGUAAAAAAGCGGUUCCAAAGUAACAGCAUGAAGGGCUAUCCUCUUGAGGAUUUGUACGACACACUAGGAGAAAUUAAGGUUAUUGAAAGUGUUCUUGUUCCUACUGUUGAUGAGGAACCUCUCAUGGCACGCUUAAUGGAUGGGGAGCCAGACUAUGAAAAUGAAGAAGGCGUGAGUAAUUUGUGGAGCACGUGGUUGACUGUUAAGGAGAAGCCUAUCUUUUGGCAAGAACUCUAUGAGUUAGAUGUGGCUGCAAGGGAGUUUCCUCAGAAGAAAGACAAAAGGAAAGUGCAUGAAGAAGCAUCCUCCUCUAAUACAAGUUUGGAGGACGUUUUGAAAGGGUUUGAAGAGAGGUUGAUGACAAGUUUGAGUGAAGUGAAUGGGAAGGUGGAAAAAAUGAACAAGAGGCUUGGGAAGAUUGAACGUUGCCAAGUUGUUUUAAAAAAGAGGUGUAAAAGGAUGAAGGCAAUGGAGAAGAAGCUUGAGAAGAUUGAAGAUUGCCAAUAUUAUUUAAAAAAGAAGGCCAAGAAGGUGGAGAAAGAAAUGAAGGAAAUGAAAGAGAAGGAGGAGGAUAAGGAGAACAAUGACGGUUUCGACUAUCAAGGCAUGGAUUAUGACUGGGAUGGGCAGCGGAAUGACAGCAAUGGAGCGGACGCAACAACCAAAGAACCUGAAGAUGCAGAUAUGGUUGAAAAUACAGAGGUGGUAGAAGAGAAAGAGAGUGAAGAAGACGCUCAGAAGGACGAUAGAGGUUCUGAGGAAGAGACAGAACCUGAACCUGAAGCAGAAGCAGAAGCUGAAGAAGACAAAGAAAAAGAGGAUGAGGAAGAGAGUGAAGAAGAGGCUCAGAAGGAACCUGAUGAGGUUGAGAUGAAUGAAGCCAAUGAGAUUGAAGAAGAGGUUGAAACAGAGGCUCGGGUUGAAGUUGAAACAGAGGCUCGGGUUGAAGUUGAAACCGAGAAAACUCCUACACCACCACGUGGUAGGACUAAGGCAGCAGCCGCGAGGAGACAAAUCCUAACAACACCAGAAAAGUUAUUCGGAAAGGCUGAAAAAAUGGUGGAAGAAGAAAUGUUAGAGCCUGAGGAAGAGACUGGAAAAAUGAUGGAGGAAGAGGUGGAAGAAUCUGAGGAAGAGGCUGUAAAAAUGGUGGAGGAAGAGGUGGUAGAGCCUGAGGAAGAGGCUGGAAAAAUGGUGGAGGAAGAGGUGGUAGAGCCUGAGGAAGCGGCUGGAAAAAUGGUGGAGGAAGAGGUGGAAGAACCUGAGGAAGAGGUGGAAGAACCCGAGAAAGAGACUGAAAAAUAUACUGAGGAAGAAAAGCAAGAGUGGUACAUGGUUGUCUACGAAGGCAGUACUUGUGAAACGAAGGAAGCUGACAAGGGAGCAGCCAAGCCUUCUGGAACUGGGGUCAAGCAUAGGCCGAAACAAAUGGCAUUGAGGAAGCACACUACUAAGCAGGCUCUUAAACCGAGGGGUAGACCGAGAAAGGAUACUGAACCAAAGAAAUUCACAACGCCAGAACAGACAAAAAGGAUACGUUCACGUUCACAGUGGGUUUCCACUCCUUUCACUGAAGCUAACACUGAUGAGAUUGAAGGGCGCAAGAAGAAGCCUAGAACAAAGGCGUAGAAGACAAGAAGCUUAACAUAUUUUGGGUGUUUAGUAUUUAUCUCGGAUUUGUUGUGAACUUAUGUAAAAAGUUAUGUUUUGUUGCUUGCUGGUCUGUAAAACUUGAAUGAUAUCUCUUAUGUAGGAUGCUCUGUGUUGUGUGAUUGUCUUGCAGCA